CUACGUCAGUGGAGGAGAGAGUGUCGAGUGACACACCGUUUUAUUUCAUUUUAGCUGCCGGUGACAGGCGGGACUCGCAGGAGCUCUAUCAGAUAAAAAAAGAGCCAGAGGACCAAAAGAAGAAACGUGGGAAAGAAGCCUGCAUCUUUGGUUCUGAUGAACCCUCGUAAACAGGAUGAAACCGCUCAGCAACUUCAUCAUGUGUCUACGCUGCUUGAUUAACUGAUGAAUUAGCCUGUACAGUCAGAUCAUCUUUAAACAUGUCUGAUAACAUAAGUCCACAAACCUUAACAGAGGCCAUGGCAGAGACACAGUUGACAGUGGAGCAAGGUGACAAGAACAUUGGGCAGAGUAAUGUUCUUCAAUCGCCUACGAAACAGACAUUCAAGUCAGCUCCAAAUGGCACUACUGCCGUUAUACCAGACUCAGGGGACAAGUUCUCCAGCUCCUCUCAUCAGUCCCUUUCAGAGGAAGGAACAAAGAUCGCUGGUCAAAAGGCUGAUGCUAAAAAAACUAAAAGCAAGAAAAAUAUGGCAACAUUGGACAAGAAUGCUGAAGACCAGAAUAGGCAACCCGACCUACAAGACCAGGACUCUGCGCAGACUACUYCUGUUGUUAAGGAUAUCUGUUUAGGUUCUCAAAAGACCGAGACCAUAGGUUCCAGUGUUGACCCKCCGGAAGUGGAGCCUAUGGAGAUUGAGCAGUCUUCACCAACUAGUCCAGAUUUUAAGAUGGAACCAAAGGACAACACAAUACUUGGAUCUGAGACAGAGGGCGAAGGUGCCAGUGGUGACCGACACGUGGAGCCUAUGGAGGUUGAGCAGUCUGCCCAUGGGAAAGAAGAUUCCUCCCUUUCACCAACUAGUCCAGAUUUUAAGAGGGACAACACAAGUGAUGCCUCUGAAAGUCCGGCUGGACCACCGCCAGAAAGCACAGCCAUGGUUGGAUCAGAGGUAUCGUAG